UGUGUAUGAAAUGCCGGACUUUUCCUUUGCUACCAUUCCUCCUCCCAGCUGCAUGGUUCCAUCGAGCUGUGCCACAAACAAACCUUUCGCGACUCGGAAUGUGGUGACGCGAGAGUGACGCGGACGGAAAUUGGCGUGUGCAUCUUCCUGGCACCGGUGCCAGCAGACUCAACUAACCAAUCAGUCCACACCACAUUCUUUUAUUUUAGUUGUCAGUUACAGAGCCUGUUUGCUAUAGUAAACCACCAGUGUGGCAUUUCUACAGUUUGAUGUUAAUACUAGCUUAAUUAUACCGGCUUUCAAAUCGCUUUGUUAGUUUGUGUGGGUUAUGUUUUUUUGUGGGGGAUUUUAAAUGUGUUUUUUCCUCUCCCCCUUGUGACUUAAUAUCGUCAAAGCAAAUUGGCCUCUGAAUUUGCCACAUUUUUUAUUUGUCGGAUUGAGGUGACCGUAGUUUAGAGAAAUAUUUAUCCUUUUUGAGAAAUAUCUCGUUUUCAUUUAAUUGGUUUGUUCAACUAUUAAUUUAACUUCAUUCCAUGUAUAGCUCAGUAGUCAUUUACAAAUGUUUUCCUUAUUUAACCCCCCCCGGGAAAGCAAUGUAAGAGUAGGUGGAUAUGAAUAUUCCCCAGAACAAUCUGAAAUUCAUCCACUGGAUUUUAGAACGCUUUCAUUUUGUUAAAGGAGGAUUUUCUAAGUGUAGAAGAGAGCCUAAGCAGUAGGACAACAGGAUAUCAUUGAGGACUCAUCUUUGCAUCUGUGCCAUUAUAGCAUUUGUGGCUGCAUGGGGUAGCACCAUUGAGACCUCCAUUUUGAGGUAGUCAAUUCUCUUCACAAUUGGCUGUUCCCUCCUGAUGACCUGGUUGGACACGACUCCCAGCGGGGUCACCAGGAGGGAUCAACCAAUGAAGUUGGAAGUCCCACCCAGUUGUCUAUAUUAAAAUGGUGGAUGCCCUCUGGUGCUGCCCAUGCCAGUACAGCUUUUGGCCACUAGAGGCCUCGAUCAUUCUUUGGUUAAUAUCUGCUGUCACAACAUUGUCAUUAUCCCAAGACAACAUUCCAGCUUUAGAAUUAUUUUGGGUGUAUUUGCAGGGUUAAAAACAGUAUGUGCGUUUCCUAACCAAAAAUAAGCAAUCGGUUGGUACCCAUUGGAACAGUGCAUGCUUAAUACACUUCCAAGAGUAACUAUUUUUGCAUGAUUAGGAUGGUCCAGUCUGAAAUUCAGAUUUAAGAGUCUUAUUUCAACACUCUAAAUAUUAUUUCUAACAACCCAAACUUUAAUAAUCCAAAAUUGUCCUCUAUUAAUGUAAUAUUUAUUUCUAGACAUAAACAUGUUGAAUACAGUAAAUAACAUGAGCAUAACUGGCAUUGCUAUCAAAUCAAACUUUGUCAUGUGCGCCGAAUACAACAAGUGUAGACCUUACGGUGAAAUGCUUACUUACAUGACAUUACCAUUGAGAUUUAAUGGGCUCUAGUCUGAUCACUUUCUUGGGGUGCCUUAGUCUGCGUUGAGAUGGGCAGCCCUAUUCUGAUAUACAAAAAGAGCCGAUGUGAAAAGAUCUGUGAUUGGUCAGAAGACAGUUGUGGAAAAAAUAUCAGAAUUGGGCGUCCUGUCUAAACAGAGCAUCUGUCUGCUCAGUUCUUAUGGGAAUUGUUGUAGUUUGUAUAUUUCCUACAGUCAAAGCGUGUACGUUUUAUGCAUUUUAUUUUUUAAUAAACCAAAAUGUAUUUUGGUGAGAAUCCUAUUUGUAUUUAUCCUCUCUUGAGACAUCCGGACUUUUUCCCACAUCUAUACUUGACAAUACUUUUCAGAUGAUACUUAUUAAAACCUGAUGAUGGGUACUAAAUCAAGAAAAUUAAAGUAAUUGUCCAUUCGGCCAAUCAACAGGUCUGAUUUUGAAACCCGAUCUGUUUUUGCCUUGUGGGGGGCUGGAUAGAGAUGCCGUAGGUAGCAAACGCCGGCAGAGAGGAGCCAUUUCAGCCCUUCGGAAACUAGUGGCAUCAACCCAGUGAGUCCAUCGUGAAAGUGGGAUCAUCACCAUGGUGAAAAUCUUCAUUGGGAACUUGUCUCCAGACACCAUGGCAGAGGAGCUGCGCUCCCUCUUCUCCCAGUAUGGAAAGGUCUCCGAGUGUGACAUUGUCAAGAACUUUGGCUUUGUGCACAUGAAGGAUAAAGCUGAAGCGGAGGAGGCCAUCAAGAACCUCCACCACUAUGAGCUCAACGGGGAGCAGAUGAAUGUGGAGAUGAGCCGCGGCAGACCCAAAGCCACCACCAAGCUGCACGUGGGUAAUAUCAACAGCAGCUGCACCAACCAAGAGAUGCGGGCCAAGUUUGAGGAGUACGGCCCUGUGGUGGAGUGUGACAUAGUGAAGGACUACGCCUUUGUCCACUUGGAGCGUAUGGAGGAUGCCAUGGAGGCCAUCAGUGGGCUGGACAACACAGCCUUCCAAGGCAAACUGAUGAGCGUGAAGCUUUCGACUAGCCGCCUGCGUACUACGCCGGGAAUGGGAGAGAGGACAGGUUGUUAUCGGUGCGGUCAGGAAGGCCACUGGUCCAAAGAGUGCCCGCUCGACACUUCGGGCAACUACAGAGUGGGUGCCGAGCCAAGCUCUGACCCUAGGUUCGGCGCUGGCUGCGGUUAUCACCGGGGCUUGAAUGUCGGCGUUCCAGGUUACAGUGGCAGUGAUCCAGUUUACAGUGGAAGCUAUUCUCCCGUGCACGGCUUUGGCGGUGUGCCCGGGUAUGGCAGGGGCGCAGGCUAUGAAAGCACAUUGAGUUAUGGGCUUCCGCCGGGUUACGGAAUGAGCGCCGCCGAACAUAGCAUGGCACGGGUGUAUGUCAGUGAGGCAGCGUACGGAGGCAGCAGCUGGAGCCACGGCAUGGUCCCAUCCUACCCUGUGCGCCGGUCAUCGUAUGAGGACCGUGAUCCGUAUGGUGCCGUGGACUUCUACGAGAAGAAUCGGGCUCGCCCGUAUGGAGCCAGUUAUUUCGAAGAGCGCCGGUCUGUUCCUUUGCCCAGCCCACCGUUCCCUUCCUCCUUGGCCAUAAUGAGGGAGCGCCUGCCUCCCUCUAGCCCCGACCUAUACGAGCGCUGUCUUCUCCCUUCUCCACCAGCCCCCCUCUCCUCAUCCUACUCCCGCGACCGGAGCCCAUUCCGGCGAAUACCUACUGAUGCGUAUGAGCGCGCGCGCCUCUCCCCGGUGCCCUCCCUCCCCAGAAGAUCGGCUUACGACAUCCCGCGGGACCCCUACGCCGAGCGGGCGCGAUAUGCUUACUAACCUUUCUUCCUCCUGUCCAGGUAUCGCGACGGUCAACCGAGCACGAGAUUAUCUUUGUUUCGACUCACGAUGCAUUUCGGUUAUGGCCCGCAAUCGUGGGACUGUGAAAGUGCACACAUUUAGCUUCUCUGUUCGGUAUCUGUGUCGUGUGUCAACUGAUCGCUUAGUAACGUUUGUAUUUCCCCACUAAAAGCAGAAUGUACGUAUAGAAAUUUUUUUACAUUUUUUUUUUACAAAAAGAGGUUGAUUUGAAUGAGAGUCCUGCAGUUAUACGAAAAGUAGCACCAGUUGAAUCAUCCAAUGCAGUUGACUCCAGGUAGCAGUUGUAUGCAUUAUUGUGAUGAAUGCAAUCAUUUGCUAAUUAUGCUCUAAUUCAUUUUAAAACAAUCGAAAUACAUGUGUAUUAUUUACACAUCCAUUCACAAUACCUAUCUAAUUCUACUAUACACCUGAGGUAGGGGCCGCAAUGGACAAAUGACCAAAUCCCGCUUUUUGGCUGAAUUGUACCUGUAUCAAAAAAUCAUUCACUUCAAAUGUUACAGUAUUAUUCAAAUUGUAUGCGAAUGAAAUAUUACACUUUGAAUAGAUUCUUAGUUUUGGAGCCUUUUUUUACCCCCCUUUUUCUCUCCAAUUUCUUGGUAUCCAAUUGUUAGUAACUACUAUAAUGUCUCAUCGUAACAACUCCCGUUCGGGCUCAGGAGAGACGAAGGUCGAAAGCCAUGCGUCCUCCGAAACCCAACCAAGCCGCACUGCUUCUUAACACAGCGCCAUCCAGUCCGGAAGUCAGCCGCACCAAUGUGUCGGAGGAAACAC